UUAAGUAAAAAAUGCUGGACCCUAAGACAGCAAAUGAUAGCCAAUUUCGUGGUUAAUUUUUAGCUGUACAUUUAGUCCUUGCAUCAAUGAUUGUGCAACGAUUUUCGGAAGUUAAGAUGGUUGAACCACAGUACAUCAGCUAAGUACCCAAGAGCCACAGUCUCUCCAUCCAACGGUUGGCCAUCGCCCAAACUUUUCUUAAUUUUGAAAAAAAUAAUCCGACGAGGAGUCAUUUUUUGUUGACACAUCAAGUGUAGCCAAACUCCGAACCCAAACUCCGGUGAUGUGAUUUAAAAAUUUACAAUUAACUAUGAUAAAACAAAAAAGAAGCUACUCUAAAGCGACCAGACCAUGUAAGAAUGAUUUAAAUCAUAUCUAAGGGCCCAAGAGCCUUUCGAUGAAAUUCGAACAAGAAACGUUAAGAACUUGGAUUUAAAUAAACUUUCAUUCAAGGGGGAGUUAGUUUGUAAUCAAUUUUGGAGACGCAUCUGAUGCAUGCAUGUAUUUUUUUUCAUGCGAGCCACAGUUUUGAUAAGAACUUUGGUGAAGACUUAUAUAAGGAGAUUGCAACUUCAUUAUUCUGAGUAACUAAACUCAAAUUAGUACAAUACCAUCAUGUCUACCAAAUUAGAAGACUCACACGAGGUUGUGUCUGCCACAGCCACUGAAUCUAGUUUCGAUAAGAAAAUAAUAAGUUCCAAAUAUGCUGAUGUAGCAGUCGAGUUCAUGCAGGCUCAUGACCUGGAAGUGCCCAUAGUAUCACCAGAACAAGAUAAGAAGUUGUCUCGUAAAGUAUUUUGGAGAGUAUUGGGUCUCACCUUCUUGAUCAACAUGAUCAUGUAUAUGGAUAAAGCAACUCUUUCAUAUUCGUCUAUCUCGGGGUUCUGGGAAGCUACUGGAUUGGACCAAAAUAUGUACAACAACGUUAAUACUGUCUUUUAUGUCGGGUUCAUCGUUGGACAGGUUCCAGGAACUUACUUGAUCCAGAAAUACCCUCUCAGUAAGAUGAUGUUUCUCAUUACUUUCUUUUGGUCUAUUAUUAUCUUUUUACAUUGUGCAGCAUACAAUUACGCUGGAGUAAUUGUGUUAAGAUUCUUUCUUGGGUUUUUCGAAUCGGUAGCAAUUCCUAUUCUUACCACCACCAACGGGAUGUUUUUAAGUCAACAUUUCAGAGAAGCUACGCAGCCAAUCUUCUAUGCUUCCUGUAUGGCCUCUCCAAUUCCAAUUGGGUUCAUCAGUUACGGAGUUAUUUAUGCGAAGGCCUCCAUUGGUGAUUACCGUGUAUUGAACAUUAUCAUUGGUGGAUUAACUUUAAUCUUAUCUGCCAUUGUGUACUUUUUGUACCCAGAUAACCCAUUGGAAGCCAAGUUUUUAUCUACUGAAGAAAAGGUUUGGGUCAUUCGUAAGGUUCAAGGAACUUCACAUGCAACUAUCGAACAAAAGCAUUUCAAGAAAGAGCAUGCCGUGGAAGCCUUUAAAGAUUAUAUUUCAUGGCUCAUUUGUGGUUUCUUUUUGUUACAACAAUUGGCAAACAACUUGCCAUACCAACAAACUUUAUUAUAUGAAGAAAUGGGUGGUCUUAGUAAUUUGAACUCUACUCUUGUGACAGUUGCAGGUGCUGGAUUUGCCGUUCUUUGGUCUCUUGCUGCAUGUCUCUUUAUGGUUAUUUUUCCUGGAAGUACCUGUUUGACAAUUAUUUGGACCACAGUACCUUCUUUGGUUGGUUCCAUUGUCGCUGUUUCAUUACCAUUAUCUAAUGCAAUUGGUGAACUUGCUGCCAUUUGUAUGGCAUCUCAAUCGUUUGGUGUUGGUUGGAUUUGUGCCUUUGGUCUUGCUGCUACCACUGCCGGUUCCUCUUACACAAAGAGACUUGUUAGAAACGGUAUGGUUAUGGCUUCAUAUUCCAUCGCCAACAUUAUUUCCCCACAAUUAUGGCAAGGUAGAGAUGCUCCAAAGUAUAUUCCAGCUUGGAUUGUUCAAAUCGUUUUGAGUUUUACCAUUGCUCCAGCAUUGAUUGGGUUGGUAUGGUUCAUUUUGAAGAAGAGAAAUAAUGAGAGAUUGAGAGACAUUAACGAAAAGAAUCAAGUUGGUGUCGUUAGAGAUGACGAAGGAAAUCAAAUCGAGGUUAAUAUCGCAGCCCUUGACCUUACAGACUUGCAAGACAAGACUUUUAUUUACCCAUUAUAGAACACUUCUUAAUAUACUAAUUUACGUCCUACAAUCCUGUACUUAAAUUUCAUAUUCAUUGUACUUUUGUACUUCUCUAAUAUACAUUAAUUCAUUGACUCAUUUGUAUCGUU